UAAACUAACGUAUUCAUACGCUUCUGAUUGGUGGCCUACUUUGAUUGACUGCUGCAUCGUUCCAAACAGAGGGCCAAUUUGCUCAGGGAUCGAGACAUCGGAAGUUUAGGAAAGGUUCUGUACAGCGCGAAUCUCCUUCGCUUGAGUCCCAGACCAUGAACUACGUGGGCCACCUGGCAGAGACGGUGUUUGUGACGGUGAAGGAGCUGUACCGCGGCCUCAACCCGGCUACACUCACAGGCGGAAUCGACGUGAUCGUGGUGCAGCAGCCCGAUGGCAGCUUCCAGUGUUCCCCCUUCCACGUGCGCUUUGGCAAGCUCGGGGUGCUACGCUCCAAGGAGAAAGUGGUGGACAUUGAGAUCAAUGGUGAGCCGGUGGACCUGCACAUGAAGUUGGGGGACAAUGGCGAAGCCUUCUUUGUUGAGGAGAACGAGGACCUGGAGGCCCGGGUACCUGCCCACCUCUGUACCUCUCCUAUCCACAUGAAGCCCGGGGAGGGCUCAGCCGAUUCUACAGAACCCUCGGGGCCGCCCGGUUCCCGCCGAAAGAAGCGCAGACGGAAACGUGCUCGCUCUGACUCGUUCCGCAGAGACGACGAUGGCAGCUCCUCUUCUGACCUCCCUGAGCAAGAGGAGGAGGAGGCGGUCUUCGCUGCGAGUAGGUCGGUGUACUUCUCCGUCUCUGAAGACACUUUUGAGGAUCUGACCACUUGUCCACCUCAGUCAUGGGACGUCCACUCUCAUUCAGAUGGGGAGCUUUCCCCAAACGAGAGCGCUGUGUUCCACAGUCGAGCCUCCUCCCCUAAGAGUGACUCAGAACUGCUGGUCAAGCCCCAGGAGUCUGUUGGACCACACAUUCAGUGGUCCUGGGGUGGCUUCCCAGAGGUAUUCCAGUCUGAAAGGUCGUCAGCAGACCCACAGCGCACCCCGACCUCCCCACACACUCCCUCCGAAAACUCCCACUUCCGCACCAUCCACAGGCAGGACUCUUUUGACCUGGACUCCUCGGACCCUGCAAACGUCUCGUUCUCCUCGGCGCUUCCCGUUACCGUGGUGAGGCCAGAGCCUCGGACGCCCGUGACGGACUCUAACUCCUUCUCUUUCGCAACACGCUCCAACCCCAGCCACACUCCGGACCCCGCCCAGUGCCUCCUGACUCCGCCAUCCCCCGUGGAGACUCUCGGGCCUGGCGAGACGCCGCGCUCGGAGUCCCUGGAGGCCCAGGUCAUCUCGGAGAGCUUCAGGCAUACUGAUGGCAACGGCAGUGUGGUGUUCUCUACAGCAAACACUGGACAUUCCUCUGCGACAUUAAGCAGCUCCAGCUGUUCCAGCUUAGGCAAUGCAGACCUCACAUCGAGCACAGAUGUCGUAACUGACCCCACGCUGGAGCCUGUGGACUCAGAAAGUCCAGAAGGAACCAGCUCCCGAGAGGGAGACAGCGGGAUUGAGCCCUGCACAAGCCCUGAGGUACUGGAGGAUGACCAUGAACAGAGGGAGGAGGGUGUGAGCUCGCAGACCUAUCAAGAAGCAGAGUGUGCAGGAAGGACAGAGAAUAGUGAAGAGAUCGGCCAACCAGAGGAGCGUCCUGGCUCUGCAGAGCCUGCCUCCAAGUCAGCGGAUGGUCAGGACAAGAGGAAAGGUAAGCGCAGUCAGCACCUAGGACCGUCUGAUAUCUACCUAGAUGACCUCACCAAGCUGGACCCUGAGGUGGUGGCUCUCUACUUCCCCAAAAGUGAGACCGAGUCAGCCUCCAGGCCAGGUGCUGACCAGUCAGGCAACCAGUCCCCCCAGUCGGUUGGCAGCGCCAACAUGGACAGUGGCACAGAAUACCUGUCGGACGCUCCCGCUGACACCUUGGACGUCACCAUGUCUCUGUGUGGGAGAGACGGAGGCACCACCCAGAUCAACAAAGAGAAGUUUAUGGAGCACAUCGUCACUUUUCAGCAUUUUGUGAGCAACCCAGGAAUCAUAGAUGAUCCAAAUCUUGUCAUCUGCAUCAACAAUAAGUACUAUAACUGGGCAGUAGCUGCCCCUAUGAUCUUGUCCAUGCAAGCCUUCCAGAGGAAUCUUCCAAAGAGCACCAUCGAGCAGCUGGUGAAGGAUAAGAUGCCAAAGAAGUCUGGCCUGUGGUGGUUCUCCUGGAGGAGGAAGGACAUGGACACCAGCCAGGCCAAUCCUAAGGCAGAAGAACACACACAGACUGAAUCAUCAGACCCUUUGUCUGGUCCCUCAACCUCAAAGCAGCACUCUCUGGAGACCUACGCUGACGGGAGGCCUGGCUCUGAGACCCCUGAGAACCCAGAGACGCUCACGUGCUCCGACACCCUGAGCACGGAGCAGUGCAUCAGCCAGAUGUACCGCAAGUCCCUCCGCCUCACCUCCCAGCAGAUAGAGCGUCUGAACCUGAGGGAGGGGGCCAAUACGGUGGUGUUCAGUGUCACCACUCAGUAUCAGGGCACUUGCCGCUGCGAGGCUGCCAUCUACCUGUGGAACUGGGACGACAGGGUCAUCAUCUCCGACAUUGAUGGAACCAUUACAAAGUCUGAUGCCCUUGGGCAUAUUUUACCUCAGCUGGGCAAAGACUGGACUCAUCGUGGAAUUGCUAAGCUCUACCACAAAAUUCACAAGAACGGCUAUAAGUUCCUGUACUGCUCUGCACGGGCCAUCGGCAUGGCAGCCAUCACUAAAGGCUACCUGCAGUGGGUAAACGAUGGAGGGGUGGUCCUUCCCAAGGGGCCGGUCCUAUUGGCUCCCAGCAGCCUCUUUUCUGCUCUUCACAGAGAAGUGAUUGAGAAGAAGCCUGAGGUGUUUAAAAUCGCCUGUCUCAAUGACAUCAGGGAACUGUUCAACCCACGCCGACAGCCUUUCUAUGCAGCCUUUGGCAACAGGACCAAUGAUGCAUAUGCAUACAAGCAAGUAGGAGUUCCAGAGACUCGUAUCUUCACUGUAAAUCCUAAGGGAGAGCUCAUUCGGGAGAAGAGCAAAAGCAACAUUUCCUCAUAUUUGCACCUGAGUGAGCUGGUGGAGCACGUCUUCCCGGUCAUCUGUGGUGGCCAGACGUCCUCCAGUUUCGACUGUCCAGACUACAGCCAGUUCACUUUCUGGAGGGAGCCCCUACCGGCCUUGGACCUGGAAUCCAUUUAGACCCACUACACACCCUCACCAUGCCCAGUGCUGUCCACUCUCUCCUUCGGGACAGCUGCCUUCAUCUACACACUCCUGUCUUUUCAAAAAAAAAAACUAUGUGUUCCUGUGACUGCCUUACUGUAGGUUUAUUUGUAAUCAUAUUAUAAGAAAUGGGCUUCACAGUUGUAUAUCUAAUUGUUUUACUUUUAAAAUGUCUUUGUCAGUCCUCCCGAGGGAACGCAGACACAUACUUGAGAAUGUGCUCUAACAGGAAGUUGAAAUGCUGAGUUUCUGACUUUCGUAGGGACAAACACAUCCCCACAUGCCUUAGACAUCUCAACAGGGUUGCUCUCUUUUGCACAUUCGAGGCAAUCCUAAUGCCUUUGAUUCAGCUUUACCUUUUGCUUUUGAUAUUAACAAAUGACUGUAAUAUGUGAUGGCACCUGCUUGAAAAACCUAAGCAUAAGUUAGUCAAGGGCUUCAGGACCAGGCCUUGUGAAUGUAAUACUAAAAUCAUAUUGUCUGUGUCUGAUAUGCUGUGGUGUACAAGCAAAAAUGUAUUCCCAUUUAUUUAUGUUUUCUGUGGUUUCUUUUAACUGAAGAAAGGUGAUCAUUUAUUUUUAACUGUAAAUGGUUGCUGUCUUGAACUGAACACUUGGACCAAAAGGACUUUCGAAACAACAUUAAAUUGUGACUAAAUUAUUUUAGGAGAUGGCAGAACAUAGCUUAUAUCAUAGCUUACAAUACCACUUCAAUAUGGUGGUAUUAUCUCUCUCUCUCUCUCUCUCUGUGAAUUUGCCACUGAAAUGCUGAAAGAGGGUUAUCUAAAAAAAAUGUUCAGCUUUCAAUAACAAGCUUGAUCAGUAAAUGACCAUUUCCACCCCCACUUUUAAUCUAUCAUAGGAAGCGCUGUUGUUUGGUGAUGGCACUUGAAACAGCUUGUUGAUGUGCUUUAAUACAGUAGCUAACAUUUCUCGGACUACAGUGUAUCAAUUCCAAACAUGGAAAUAGUUCUGUGGUUAAAUGUUAUUAUUGUCAUUGUGUGCGUGAUGUGAUAUGGACACGCAACAGUUUGCCUGACAGAGUUUGGACUGGAACUGUCCUGAAACAAAAAAAAAAUGUGUGUGUGCGUGUUUUGAAACACAUUUUAAUGUGUAAAUGGAGAUACCUGUUACUGUGCAUUGUCACAGAGCUCUGACGAUAUAAUUUUUUUUUUUAAUUUAUGAUCUUAUUAUUUUUUAAAAAUAAAUGGAUAUUGUAAAAUCAGA